AUGUCAAUUCGACCCGAUAUACAUUCCCAAACGAAAAAAACAAUAUACAACGUGUAUACAUUUUUUAAAACCUUAGCCAAGUGCAAAGACAAGCCUGAAUUGGCAGAUUAUUUUCUACAGUCCCAGGAGAGGACGGCCGAGGCUUGUGCGGUGAGUCUGAGAACUGUACAACGGAUAUGUAAAGAAAGUAAAAUGACUGGAAAUCAAGAGGAAACAUUAUGUGUUGGAAGUUCUAAUGACCUUAAAUUUCAAUCACCACGAAAAAGAUACAGUCGCGAGAAAUCUGUCACUGAACUUGAUGAUUUUGACAAUGAAGUAGUCAGAAGAGUUGUUCAUAGCUUUUACGACAAGGGUGAAUUUCCAACGACCGCUAAAAUAUUAGUAGAAUUGCGUGAGAAAUUAAAUUACCGUGGAUCGAAAUCGUCGGUGAAAAUAAUUUUAAAACAACUUAAUUUUAAGUACAAGAAAUGUAACGACGGUCGCAAAUUCUUAAUGGAACGGUCGGAUAUUGUAGCUGCACGCGUUAAAUUUCUAAGAAAAAUGAACGAGUUUCGUAGGAACGGUGAUACUCGGCCAGUAGUCUACUUAGAUGAAACCUGGGUUAAUCAAAACCAUACCCGUGGACGAAAUGAAGAAAAUACGGAAGGUUUAAAAGUACCUACGGGCAAAGGCAGUCGCCUCAUCAUAUGCCACGCCGGAUCUCCUUCCUUCGGAUUCAUUAAAGAAUCAAAACUUAUUUUCAGAUGCAAUUCUGGUAACAAUAAAAACUAUCAUUCUCAAAUGAACGCCACAAUUUUUGAAAAUUGGUUUUCACAAAUGUUACUUAACUUAGAACAGCCGAGUAUUAUUGUUAUGAACAACGCGUCGUAUCACUCUUCGUUAAUCGAGAACUAUCCGAAGUCCAACAGUAGAAAGGCAGAUGUUCAACAGUGGUUACGUGAUAAAAAUAUAGAUUUUUCUGCCGUAGAAACACUUGACGAGUUACGAGAAAAAGUGAAGCUUUCGAUGCCACGCGAAAAAAAAUAUAAACUCGAUGAACUUACAUACCAAAUGGGUCAUGAAGUGGUAAGGCUUCCCCCUUACCACUGUCAGUACAAUCCAAUAGAACUAAUUUGGGCCCAAGUUAAAGGCAGAGUGGCUGAAAAAAAUUCAACAUUCAAAAUUGCAGAUGUCGAGACAAUUGUGCAUGAAGAGAUCGAUGCAGUAACUCCGGAAGAUUGGGCCAAAUGUGGAGAACAUUGCGUCAAGAUUCAGGAGGAGGACUUUGCCAAGGCGGGACUAAGAGAUGAGAUAUUAGAACCAAUAAUAUUGACCAUUUACCCUGACGAAAGCAGUUCAAGUGAAGAUGAAGACGACAAUGAUGACUAG